AUUUUUUAUGGGGUAGGUAAUCUGAUGGCGAAAAAUUAGUUUCGUGGAGAAGAUAAAAAACAGCGCUCAAGGAGAAACAACAAUGAGAUCGCAGUUUAGCCCUUUCAACACGUCGCUGAUUACGCCCAGCGGAAGUACUUCCGCUACGUCGGCAGUCAUGCCGCAGCGACCACCCCGCCGCAGAGCUCAGUCGGUGGGAAACUCUGUCUACGGCAGUGCAAUGGUCCUGCCGUCGUCGACUCCGCGGGGAUCGUUGUUCAAUGCUAAUGACGAGGAUACAUGUCUCGUGAGGAUUAAGGUCGUGGCAGCUCAUUCGCUGACCAAGAAGGACAUCUUCGGUAACAGUGAUCCGUACGUCAAAGUAGACAUCAACACAAUUGUAGGCGAUGUUAACAUCGAUUCCAUGGUCACAAAGACCAAGAAAAAGACCCUCAACCCAACAUGGAACGAAGAGUUUACCUUUAGGGUAAAGCCAAACGAACAUAAACUGGUUUUCCAGGUGUAUGACGAGAAUCGUCUAACUCGUGAUGGAUUCUUGGGUAUGGUCGAGCUGACUCUUAUCAAUCUACCUCGUGAGCAGGAGGGGCGAACAAUACCCGUAAAAAAUUAUCCACUCCGACCGAAGAAAGUUUCCGGCAUGUUACGAUCGAAGAUAAGAGGAUCGUUAGAUGUUUACCAUGCGGUCAUGCGGGACCAGGAUACAGGCGAGCAGAGUUCCUGGGGAGCUGGUGAACAACCGAUGUCGGCUAGUCUUCGAGCAGCCCAGACUGCGGUAGUAAACGUGGAUUCUCUACCGUCCGGCUGGGAGGAACGACAGGAUGCAAUAGGGCGAACCUACUACGUGAAUCACAUCGCGCGCACUACGCAAUGGGAACGACCUACGGCUGCGCCACCUCAGCAUGGUAUCAACGAGAUGGCGGCUGCUUUCCAGCGACGUUUUCACAUUAGCAACGACCCAGGUGAUACCGAGGGUACCAAUAGUAAUGCGGAUACAUUAAGCAUCACCUCUGAGAGUAAUGGCAGUCAAAGAUUGGACCGAUCUGUCAGCGGCUCCAUCAGUUCCCUGAAUGCUAGCGGUUCCAACAACAAUAACAACAAUAGCAGAGGUGACUUGUCUCCGUCACCGUCGUCAACAUCUCUCUCGAAUGGCACCAACAGCAGACCGACUAGACCCGCUCCAUUACCACCAGUAGCAUCACCGAGUUCUUCAACCAGCGCUACCCCAACCAGUGGCAGACGUCUUGCACCACAACCCCCACAGGUUAUCGCUAGGGUCUCACAGGGGAGUGGUCGGCACUCCCCCGAGGACAAUGCUGCCGUUGAAGAUAACAACAACAGGAUGAACGGUACAAUCCUACUCAACGAUACCGGAGGAGGUAUCCAGUCAACAGAUGACGGCCGACCGGAGGCGGAUAAUUCAUCUAUUCGAUCAGUAGAUGCUAGUUCAUCUCUCACCAGUUCACCAAUUCCGGGGGCUCACAACCAGCAAUCACAACUGCCCAGUUCGGAUGGGCUCCCUCCCGGUUGGACAAUGCAGUUUGCCGCCAACGGACGACUGUUCUUCAUAGACCACAUCAGUAAGAAAACCUCCUGGGUUGAUCCCCGGACGGGAGUGGCUAGUUCGAUCCCAAGUGCCUCGUUGAAUAACAACUCUGCGGUGGGUGCCAGCAUCGGUGCCGCUGGUGGCGUUGCUAGUCCAAACGCUCGACAGGAAGAUGAGCUGGGAUCACUGCCCGAGGGGUGGGAGGAACGAGUGCACAGCGACGGUAGGACCUUCUUCAUUGACCAUAACACGCGAGCGACACAGUGGGACGAUCCUCGGCUGUCGAAUCCCAAAAUUGCCGGCCAAGUAGUGCCGUAUUCGAGGGAUUACAAGCAGAAGUACGAGUAUCUCAAGAGUCAGCUGAAAAAACCGGCCAACGUUCCGAACAAGAUCGACAUCAAAAUUAGGCGAACCUCGAUCCUGGAGGACUCGUACCGAAUAAUCAACUCCGUCACCAAGGUCGACUUGCUCAAGACUAAACUAUGGGUGGAGUUCGAGGGUGAAGCUGGUCUGGAUUACGGUGGUUUGGCACGGGAAUGGUUCUACCUGCUAUCGAAGGAGAUGUUCAACCCGUACUACGGUCUGUUCGAGUACUCGGCAAUGGACAACUACACACUGCAGAUUAAUCCUUUCAGUGGGUUGUGCAACGAGGAGCAUUUGAACUAUUUCAAAUUUAUCGGUCGGAUAGCCGGAAUGGCAGUGUAUCACGGUAAGCUGCUGGAUGCGUUCUUCAUUAGGCCGUUCUACAAAAUGAUGCUGCAGAAGCAAAUCGAUCUGAAUGACAUGGAAUCGGUGGACACCGAGUAUUACAACUCGUUGCUCUACAUCAAGGAAAAUGAUCCGUCCGAGCUGAUGUUGACCUUCAGUGUGGACGAGGAGAGUUUCGGAACCACUAGUCAACGGGAGCUGAAACCGAACGGAGCCGAUAUCGAAGUGACGGACGAGAACAAAGACGAAUAUAUUAAAAUGGUGAUCGAGUGGAGGUUCGCAGCCAGAGUCAAAAACCAGAUGCAAGCAUUUCUAGAUGGAUUCGGAUCGCUAAUACCGCUGCAUUUGCUCAAGAUCUUCGACGAGAAUGAACUGGAAUUGCUAAUGUGUGGUAUCCAAAGUAUUGAUGUGAAUGACUGGAAGCGAAAUUCGUUGUACAAAGGAGAUUACUAUGCAAACCACGUUGUAGUUCAGUGGUUCUGGCGGGCGGUUCUGUCAUUCAGCAAUGAAAUGCGUGCCAGGCUAUUGCAAUUCGUGACUGGUACCUCCAGGGUACCAAUGAAUGGUUUCAAGGAACUCUACGGAUCAAAUGGACCGCAGAUGUUCACGAUCGAGAAGUGGGGUACACCAAACAACUACCCGAGGGCACACACAUGCUUCAAUCGACUGGAUCUCCCACCGUACGAAAGUUAUUCGCAGCUCAAGGACAAAUUGGUCAAAGCGAUUGAGGGCAGUCAAGGAUUUGCAGGGGUUGACUAGAGUACGCUGCUUCCAUUAAACAAACAUUCCUUCCCCAACAUAAGCACACAAAUCAAACACACCAGCUGCUGCUACACACUACACAAAGCAUAGUUUCUCUGCUGUGGAGGAGUGGCGAACCGUUUUUAUUUUUACUAGCUUUAAGGAGCGAACAGAAUGUUCUGAUUGCGUGCAAUCGCAAUCGUAGAAUGGGAAACAAUUUUUCAAAGCAAAUCAACAAAGUCUGCCAUAACGAUUCGAGUCUCCUCAACCAAAAAAAAGAAGGCAAAAACACUAUUCUGCCUGACUAUAGUUGGAAUAGACUAGUAAACUAGUACCAGCGAGAAGUGAGAGUGCCUUGCAAAAAGAUGUUCCAAGAGGGAAACAUGCUUGCCUAGUAAGUUGCAAUUCCGAAACCCUCAAGCAAUGGCUUUGAAAUAAAGAUUUAAAAAACGAAACUGAUCCUACGUUUAGAGUCACCAAAUAUAUUUACCAAGUUUAUAGUUUACACGGGGCAGCUAGCAACCAGUAGCAAUGUUCAAAGUUAUCAAAAAGUUUACAAGAGCAAUUCAGCUUUGGCAAAACCCAGUGAUUAUUAAAUUAUUGUACCAUUUUAUUUGAAUUUAUCCCGGAUUUUGGUCGGAAUUGUGAAAGCAUACUAGAUACGAGAAGGAUACAAAUAUGAUUAAACUAGCCGAUAGGGUAAGACAACUCGCACACAACGUGGGGAUCAGCACGAAACCCGUAUGUAUUAUUAAAUUUUUAAUAAAAUGCAAAUAUUAUUCGACUCCUGUUUAUGAUUGGCAGUGAAUUA